AUGGCAAACAUUGAGCAGCUCGACGCAUUGCUGCAGUCUUUGCAGGCUCUCAAGCCUCCAGGUGCCACCAAAGGAAAGAUCUCUGCCGUCACGACUCUUUGCGUGGAAAAUGUCCAGUCCGAAUCAGCCAUAACGCAGAAGCUCUAUAGGCACCUCAAGAGGACGCCAGGAACGCACAAGCUCGGAGUCCUUUAUGUUGUAGACUCAGUGACGCGUCAAUGGAUCGAGAAGGCUCGCCAAUUGUCGCAGGAUCUAACUGGCAGUGCAGCACCCGAAGGCACCUUUGCUGCAGGCGUGCAAAGAGUCACUGAACUUCUGCCAUCUUUGGUGGACGACACUGUGCAGAAGGCGCCAUCUGACCACAAGGCAAAGGUAGAGAGUCUCGUUCAGAUCUGGGAGCGCGGCAACACCUUCCCAGCCUCGACAUUGGCCGAGAUCAAGAAGAAGCUGGCCGAACCUGUGCCUCAAUACGUCGCCUCGAUUACUCCUCCUGGCAGCCCUCCGCUCAGCAUGCUCGUGUCUCUAGGUCUUAGACAGGCCCCUCCGCCCCCAGCUGCUCCCGCCGUCCAAGCACCAUCCGACGCUUCGAGCAUCCUCGCUGCUCUUUCCCGACUUCAGCCUAUGCCAGCUCAAGCUGUCAUCGCUCCUCCGGUACCUCCUGUCUUGCCUGUCCAAGCUCACCCACCAGCUCCACCCCAAGAUUUAGCCGCUAUCAUGGCCGGCGCCACUCGAGGAUACCAAGGACAAGCACAACAAGCACCAGCUGCACCCUACGGCUACCCCCCUCCACCUCCUCAGCAGGCUUACGGCCAGCCAUAUCCUCCGCCGACUCCAAUUGCCCACAUGCCCCCAGCAUACCCACCGCAAUACCACACCCCUGCGCCUUACCAACAAGCACCUCCUCAACCACCAACUCCUAGCGCUAAUGCAGGCCCUGCUUCCUUCCUACCCCCACACAUUCUGAACAACCCUCAAAUCUUGCCCAACGUGCUGCAGUUGAUCCAAGGACUAUCUCAAGAAGGUAUUCCGCAAGAACAAUGGGGAGCUGUUCUCACCGCACUAUACCCACCUCCACAACAAGCGCCACCUGCACAAGAUGCCUAUCCUUCUCGCUCAGAGGAGCACGGCCAUUACAGAGAUAGAUCCAUGGAUCGUGCCGGCGGCCGCAACCGCAGUCGCUCACCAGGACCGCCUCGUAACAACAACAGUAACAACAACGUCAACAACAAUAACAAUGCUGGACGUCGCGCAAGUCCUGUAUAUGGCACUUACGAUGCCUCGGUUGCACAGUCCGCCCAGGACCACGCUGCAUCGCAGUCCGAUCGUCGUGGAGGCAGAGGUCGUGGCCGUGGCGGUCGCAAUGACUAUCGCCAGCGCACUCCUCCUUCUGCUCGCACACCUCAAUCGGACGACACCCUCGUCCCUCGCAACAUCAACCCUAAAUGGACCGACAUGGAUAAUAGCAUGCCUCCCGGCCACAUCAAAGUCCUCAGCAGAACUCUCUUCGUCGGCGGCGCCAAUGGCAAUGAAGCUGAACUUCGCGCCAUCUUCGGCCGCUACGGCCCUGUCCAGACUUGUAUCGCAAACGAAGACAAGCGUCACGCUUUCGUCAAGAUGUGCAACCGUCAAGAUGCCGUCGCUGCAAAGACCGCCAUGGAAACUACCAGAGACCCAGACGUCUUGGCCAAGGCUCGUCAGACUAAAUGGGGCGUUGGUUUUGGUCCUCGCGAGUGCUGCGACUACAGCAAUGGUGUCAGCGUCAUCCCUAUCGACACUCUUACAGAGGCCGAUCACAAGUGGAUGUUGACUGCCGAGUUUGGAGGCACUGGUGGCCGUCCCAUCGAAAGCGGUCUCGUGGUCGAAGAACCCGAUAUCGAGAUUGGCGCCGGCGUAUCUUCGAAGGCCAUGAGCCGUCGUGUCGGCCCCGAUGGCGGCAGCAACCGUGGCGGAGGCGGUGGUCGUCGUGGCCGUGGAGGCGGCGGCGGCGGCGGUCGCUUCAACCAGCCCGAGUCUCACGCUCCUCGCCCUGAACCCGUCACCAUCGCACCUCCUCCUCCUGUCCCCGGCUUUGGCUUCAUGGUCCCUGGAAUGCCUCAAUUCCGUUAG